GAUCUGGUGGUCCGGGACGGAUCUGGUCUUCUUCCAGUGGUUUACGGGAUCGGAGUGUCGCCUCUGGGUCCUGGUGGUCCUAGUGGUGGUGGUCCUGGUGGUCCACAGUGCUCCAUUGAACCACUGGACCCCUUUACUUGACCCCAGUGACCUCUUCAACCUCACCUUCUUCCCUCUCUUGAAUCCCUUUGACAGGACUCGUGUUCUGUUAUGGGAGUAGGUCCGAGAGCACACCUGAAGCCAUACCGAACACCAGCCAUACAAAGACAUUCAACGAACACCAAACGGCGUGUUCUUGAACACACGGGUCCAUAUUCAGGGAGAACAACCUGCCGCUCAGUUCCGAACAUGUGGGUGAACGCCGGGCGCUUGUAGAUCCGCCUCGGUCCUGAAGCGUGGCCGUGAACGCCGGCGUCUGUGGGUGUGUUCCUCUGCAUUGACGGAUGAAUCUGGACAUUUUCAUGUCUGUUCUGUGGGCGGAACCUCGCCGCCCCGCUCGGACCGGGCCCAAACGCUCCUUCGUUCUGUUCUGUUGGGCCGAGUUAAACUCCGAACAGAGACACUCACACAAGGGUAUCGAGCGCACUUAGAUCCGCCCACACUUCCUGUCCGUCCUUCUGUCUGGCACCGCCUGGUCACUAGUUCCACGUCUAGUGAACGCCUUGGACAGAUCUGGGUCCGAGUCGCUGCUGAAGAACCCGCGCUUCUUCGCCGUCAAAGCCAAACUUGCCGAACGUCUACUGUCCUUCACAAACCCAAAGACCGCGCAGAUCCACCUUUACUCCGCCUCCCUCUGAGUCUCAUUCUCCUCCACGCCUCCGUUGAUGGGACUUCAGUCAUAUUUCGUGCCAAAUCCUGACGGACUUCCUGUGGGUGGAACCCAGCUGUUAGCGCUGCUGUUUACACGCUUCGGCCCAGACUUUUGUCCCAUAUGAACAGAACGGAAGUGCCCAAAUCAGACACAAAGAAACACGUCACCUGAAAAUAAAGUUUACAUUGAGCGCUAAAUGUUUACAGACCACAUCUUCCAUCGUCGUUAACUCUUGUGCCAUAAACAACUCCCCAAAGGCUCCGCAGUCGCAGAUGUUUUUAAGGGGAGAUUUGAACUUGCGUUUACAGAUUCCUUUUGUUUACAGAAAUUAAAAGAACUACUGCCUAUUGUCACGAUUUUGGCCAAAAGACUGUCCUCUUCAAGUGUGUCCGAUCCAGACCAUAAUUCCACCCAGAACAUGUGCUGCUGUAAACCGAACCCCUGGUACCGUCCUUUAAAUAUCCGAUAGACGACCGGACCGGCUAAUUGGACAGCUUGUCUAUGGCCUAAAAACUGAAAGACCUCAACGUUUACAAAAGCUGCUUCUGUGAACCACACAAAUGUUUACAUUCGGACGCAGACGAUCGCCUCGUUCAUGAAAACCGGACUUUUCUGAACCCUUUGCACCUUUUCGCACACAAACACAUAAACCAACAGAUUUGUUCGUCAGCUGGAGUUUUUCGUCCAGAACUUUUUUUUUAUGUCCGUGACCCCGUUGGUGGGACUUUUGUAGAACCAUGAAAGCUGCCGUUUCCACCAGGAACUUCUGCCGCUCCCUGCUCGUCCUGCUUCUUCCCUGCCUGGCUGUUUCCACGGUAACCACCACUGCCAACGAUGCCGACGUCAGAACUCUGAGCAGCGGCGGUAAAAUAAGCGCCACCCUGUUCCUCCUGACUGGAUACAAGCCCCGCCUGCUGCCACCGCCCACCGGGCCCAAAGUGGCGCCGAAAGCGGCCGAGGUGGCGGACGGAGACGACCCCCCCGCCGUGGCCGAGCUUCCACCCAAGCCCCUCCCUCAGACCAUGUUGCCAAGGAACAUGACGGCGGCUGACGCCCUGAAGCCUCCGCUGGGCGCCGCCCAGGUGGCUCCUCCCCCCAGACAGCUGGUGGACGUGGACGUGUGCAGAGGUUACUUUGAUGUGAUGGGACACUUCGACUCUACCUUCAACUGUUCCAAAGGCAGUUACAUCUACUGCUGUGGAACCUGCCACUACCGCUUCUGCUGCGAGCACCAGGGGAACCGGCUGGACCAGGACUCCUGCACCAACUACAACUCCCCUGUGUGGGCCGACGUCCACGCCCCCGACACGGCACCUGCCAGCAACACCCCCAACCCGGGCUUCGAGACCCUGCAGCAGCAGAACAGCAGUACGGCGUAUGUGAUUGGAGGUGUCAUCUCCUUCACACUGGUGGUCGCUGUUGGUGUCAGGAUCGCCUUCAGCAGAGUGGCACGACGACCUCGCAACAGGGACGUGAACAUGCCCAGGUCCUUAGUGGACAUCUUACGUCACCAGUCCAGUCCCGUCCAGCAGGGGGAGCGUAACAACACCACGGUUCUGAGCGGCACGGCGGCAGACGGACGCAUGUCCAAGAACCUGUACACACCUGUUCUACAGAGCAAGGACAACCGCACUGGGACGUUGCUCCGCCCCUUUUCACACCAGGGCUCUUCCAGCCCCAAACACUCCGCCUCCAUCGAGCGUGCUCCUCGGUUAAACUCCACCCCCCAGCUCUCCUCUGGACCCAAAUUGAUGUCUGGCGGUUCUAAAGGUGUGGGCGGAGUCACUGGUGUGGGCGUAGGCGGUGGUCUGUCUGGGGGCGGGGCCAUCAGACACAACAGCAGCCACCCCUCCUUCUCCCACUCCUUCCAUAACCUGGCCCAGCUGCCGCCGUCCUACGAGUCCGCCGUCAAACCGGAGAUCAGCCGCUACAGCUCCCUGAAGAGACUGGAGCGGGAAUUGGACGAGUACAGCUACUACUCCAACAAGCGCCGCUCCGCCAACGCCCCGCCCUCCUUCCACUCGUCCCAGCACCACCUGCCCUGGGGUGGCGACUACACCCUGGGCUCCAGGGGCACGCUGCCCCUCCACGGCUCCAGGCCCCGCCUCCACAUCCCAGCCUCCACCCCCAACCCAUACCCGCUGCCCGGCCAGCCGGCCUACGCCAGCUCCACCUUUGACAGGCCGCCACGCCGCGUCCGCUCCCAGGACCAGCUGUUGGCCAUUACCGACGGCAACACCUUGUCCCGCCUCCCCAAGAACCAGCAGCAGCAGUACUACAAAGCCAUGAUGAGCACCAGCAGGAGCGUCAACGCACAGACGCUCCGCAGGUCCCAUGAGAGGCUCCUGGUGUCACCGGACCGCCUGGAGGACCGGCUGCUGACCGUGGGCCUGAUGGCGGGCGGGGCUGAGCGGGGGACGGCAGGCGGCGCCCUGCCCGCCAUGGGCCGGCUCGGCCACCACCAGAAGGCCCAGUCGCAGCAGAACAUCUGCGUCACGCCGUCCAUGGACCGACAUCACAUGAUCAAGAUGAACUCCCACCCCACGCCGGGACACGAGCACGAGCGUGGAGCCGGGAUGGGCGCGCAUGGCGGCUGGGACCACGGGGGCGGAGCAGGGUCCACGGGCCACCCCAACGCCCGGCGGAUGGCGUUCGCCAGUAAGAGGCAGAACACCAUCGAGCAGCUGCACUUCAUCCCCGGCGUGGGCGUGGCCGGUGGCCAAGGACUGCGGACUGGGAGUAAGAACGAGGUGACGGUGUGAGACGGAGAAAGAGGAGGAGGAGGAGGAGGAUGGUGAAGAAAGGGAUUAUGGGAAGGCACGGUGACAGGAACACAGAAGAGGCCUGACAGCACUGCAGUUACCAUGACGACCAGCAAGCCCCUCCCCCUUCACAACCAAACAUGGUGGAUCAUACCUUUAAGCUGACCUCAGGGUUCCCAUGGAAACGGAAAAGGAGGAAAAAGAACGGAAAAAAGGAGGGGAAAAGAACAGAAAAGGAGGGGAAAAGAGCAGAAAAGAAU